GUAGGUGGGCGUGGCUUAUGAGGAGGAAGUGAAAGGGGAAGAGAGAAGAAGGAGAGGAUUGCAAUAGUUAGCUCGCUGUCAGGUUAGCCUUCCAACAAAGUGCCAAAUUGACCAACUGCUGACCAUUUGGCGCCUUCAUUUGGGACAUUUUUUUUAUUGUGGCCUAAAAGUUGUGUUAAAAUAACAUCUGGCCAGGCAACAAUUGUAGUGCCAGCGAGCUAGCUAACGUAGCGCCUCGUUAGCUGUCAUAGCUAGCCUGUUAGCAUUAGCAUCUGUUAGCAUUAGCAUCCCAGCCGGCAAGAAGUCGCCUUCUGUGGGGAACAAGCUGAACCGCUUUGAAGAAUGACGUCCAGGAAGAAGGUGCUCUUGAAAGUCAUCAUCCUGGGAGAUUCUGGCGUUGGAAAGACGUCCCUGAUGAACCAGUAUGUCAACAAGAAGUUCAGUAACCAGUACAAAGCUACCAUCGGUGCAGACUUCCUGACAAAGGAGGUGAUGGUGGACGACCGGCUCGUUACCAUGCAGAUCUGGGACACGGCAGGCCAGGAGAGGUUCCAGUCCCUGGGCGUGGCCUUCUACCGCGGGGCCGACUGCUGCGUGCUGGUGUUUGACGUGACCGCCCCCAACACCUUCAAGACCCUGGACAGCUGGAGGGACGAGUUCCUCAUCCAGGCCAGCCCUCGAGACCCGGAGAACUUCCCCUUCGUGGUGCUGGGCAACAAGAUCGACCUGGAGAACAGACAGGUGACCACCAAGAGGGCCCAGGCCUGGUGUCAGAGUAAGAACAACAUUCCCUACUUUGAGACCAGCGCCAAGGAAGCUAUAAACGUGGAGCAGGCCUUCCAGACCAUCGCACGCAACGCCCUCAAGCAGGAGACGGAGGUGGAGCUCUACAACGAGUUCCCCGAGCCCAUCAAGCUGGAUCGAAACGAGCGAGCCAAGACUUCGGCCGAGAGCUGCAGCUGCUGAGCGACUACCGGGACUCUCUCUCUCUCUCUCUCUCUCUCUCUCUCUCUCUCUCUCUCUCUCUCUCUCUCUCUCUCUCUCACACCACCCGUCACCCUCGCCUCGCCCCCAGGGAACGCCCCCGCCCGAUAGUCUUCCUCCGUCACGUCCAUCCCAUUAUCCCUCUCACCGAGUGCACAAACCAUGGCUCCGCUCUGGGGAAGAAAAAAGAAAAGCAGAAAAGCACGCAGCCAGUGUCCAAAGAACAAGGAAGAGAACAGCGCCCCCCUCUGGCACUCGCUAGUGAGACAUCACCUUGCUGGACCCUGAUUGGGAACUCUUAACUGGACUGAUUUGGUGCUUAGUAAUAAUGUGAGACCGAGGUCAGCAUCCCAAGAAGCUUAUCAGCCCUUUCUCUUCACUCUCUAUAAGUAAUGGUGUUGAACUAUACACACACACACACACACACACACACACACAUAUAUAUAUAUAUAUAUAUAUAAAUGACAUUUAUAUUUGAAUUGGCAAAUGUUACUUCUCAAGCCAAUCUGAAACAUUAAUUUUUUUGUUUUUGCACUUUCUAAUGUAAUUUUGCCUUUAUAUGUUCUUUACGUAGAGGAAUGACUGAUUAUGCCACACACACACACACACACACACACACACACGCCUUUUCUGUUAAUAUAUGGUAUAAAAGUGUCUCUGAUUGUAUGAGCAGCUCCACUACACGCUUCUGCUAACACUCAUCUGUAUCUCCCUCAUUCCUCCUCUCACCAUCUGCUUGUAGCUCAGGUCGGCGAAACUUAUUUCAUAUUUUAAACGCAUUGUGUAUUAUUGCGGCGUGUAGACAAAAUGAUACAAGGGGUUGAUGUCUCUUUCCAUCUCAACAACCCAUCAGUUGUUCUGCCCUUAUAUUCUUUCUCCUUGUAGAAAACAAACAGGACGCGCUGCAAUGCCAAUAAUGUUAACGGAAGUUUGACCAUCUAAUAAAACUCUUGAAUAUA